UGGAUACUGAAGUGGGGAUCGCGUUGGACCACCAGCUAACGGUUACUCGUCGUUCCUUGGCUCCUUGGUCCUUUGCUCUUCCCGCAGCCUUCUGACCUUCGACCUUCGAAUUCAUAUAAUAUGUGCUAAAAAACCAAAAUGCGAUAAAUCAGGAAAUAUUUUCAAAAACGCCGCGUUAUUUUUGCGUUUCAAAGUGGUGAUUCGAGACAUCAGUGAAAAACAGUUUUUAUUAUUUCAGUUCAAUUAAUGUUGAUGUGCACUUUAGUUUAUCCUUGGUUUAUUAUUAACAACCUGGGGUUUUAAAAACUUGAUGCUUGCGGGUUACACAUUUAAGGUCGGCAAUCAAAGGAGCUCAGAUGACGUCGCCAAAGAGUUCGACGCCGGAUCCCCCGUCGUCCAAGGACCCUUCGGCGACCUCGAGGACCCUGAACUUUUCGAUCGCGCGCAUAAUGGAGCCGGACGAGAAGUCGGCUUCGAAGCGAUUCGGACGUGGUGGCGGUGGCGGUGUCGAAGAGGCCGCGGCAGCUGCGGCGGCGGCGGCGGCCGAGGCCAUAAGAAAUUCUAUAUACCCGCAACACUUGGAAUCGGCGUUCAAAAAAUACGUGCCGACAUCCCUGCGCACACCUCAUCAUCAACACCACCACCAUCAUCAUCACCCAGAAUCGAUGCCACAUCAUCAUCAUCAGUAUCCAUUGGUUUAUUAUCCCAGUCAGUUAAUGUGUGUCGCCACCACCUCCGUUUCCGUUUACUCAAUCUCUCAGGAGGGUGGAAGGACGACGGGUACUGGUCCUGGGGGAAUCGACUCGACGCCCGUCCGAGACUACAAUAAGCACGCAAAGCGGUCUGCGAUCGAUGCGAAACCUGGCAGCGUUGAUGAUGGCGAUGGGGUAGGUGUUGGUGGUGGUGGUGGCGUUUCGACGACUUCAACGACCACCGCGGUUUCCACAACUGUUUCUGCCACUCAAGGGCCGUCCUCCAAGCAAAAAAGCUUCGAGUGUGGAGAAUGUGGUAAGGUCUUUAACGCGCAUUAUAACCUCACGAGGCAUAUGCCCGUUCACACUGGAGCUAGACCAUUCGUAUGCAAAAUAUGUGGAAAAGGUUUCCGACAAGCUUCGACCCUUUGUCGACACAAAAUCAUUCACACCUCGGAAAAGCCCCACAAAUGUUUAACCUGUGGAAAAGCCUUCAAUAGAUCCUCGACGUUGAACACCCACGCGAGAAUUCACGCCGGUUACAAACCGUUCGUCUGCGAGUAUUGCGGAAAAGGAUUUCACCAGAAGGGAAACUAUAAAAAUCACAAACUCACACACAGCGGCGAAAAAGCUUACAAAUGUACUGUUUGUUCGAAAGCCUUCCAUCAAAUUUACAACCUCACCUUCCACAUGCAUACGCAUAACGAUAAAAAACCCUUCACGUGCGAAGCAUGCGGAAAAGGAUUCUGCAGGAACUUCGAUCUCAAAAAGCACGUUAGGAAGCUACACGAACAUAAUGGCGCAGCUGAAUGUCUUUCCGACGGAAACCCGAUGUACUCCAGGGAUAGAACCACGCAACUUCACCACUUUAUCAGCCCCUUCCUCCUCCCGCCUUCCGCCCAAUCUGAACGGACUUCCGUCUACUCCGAUAAAUUGUUAUGACCCUUUUAAACUCUGUCGAGACUGACUUUAAUAAACAAGACUUAACACGUAAGAAAAAAAAAAUUAUUAAAUUGAAAUAAAAAGAUCUCUUAAAACACUAAUAAAAAUUAAUAACGUAUUCGAUGUGCAAUAUCUUGAGCUUAAUAGCGUUCGCGUCCCGGAAGUUGCUCUUUAUUUUGUUUAAGACUUCGCAGGUACUCGAUUAUAAGUGUAUUAUAUUAAGAAAAUCCCUUAAAUAUAUACGAAAUAAAUUGAA